UAAAUUGGGGUAGUAAAAUUAGGUGGCUUUCCCUCACUAUCUCUCUGCAACGCCAUUGAUGGCAGCACUCAAGUAUAUGUGUAUCCCUUCAUUCACCCAUCCAAAUCACAACAUCCAAAGCUCAUUGUGUUUGGUUUAUUAAUAGGAACACCAACACCCAUACAUUGUUCAUUGUUGAGACUGAAAUUGAAUAUAUAUGGAGAUAGAAAUAUCAGCUGCUCCAGAGCUUCGCGGUGGAGCGGCUGUGUUCCUAGCUUGGGAGGACUUGACGGCGCUGCUCCCAAACUCCGGAAACGGCCCCACCAGAAGGCUCAUCAAUGCCUUAACAGGUUAUGCCCUUCCCGGCCGAAUCAUGGCUGUUAUGGGCCCUUCCGCCUCCGGCAAGUCCACUUUUCUAGAUGCUCUUGCAGGCAGGCUUUCUGGAAAUGUGGUCAUGUCUGGGAAAGUUCUUCUCAAUGGAAAAAUAAAAAAGAGUCUUCACUACGGCAAUGUUGCUUAUGUAACGCAAGAAGAUGUGCUAAUGGGGACUCUAACGGUGAAAGAAAGCAUCGCAUACUCAGCAUCCCUCAGGCUUCAAAGCAGCCUUACAAAGCAAGAGAUGGCCGAUAUCGUACAAAACACCAUAGCCGAAAUGGGAUUGGGAGACUGUGCGGAUCACCUCGUUGGAAACUGGCAUCUCAGAGGGAUCAGCGGCGGCGAGAAGAAGAGGCUCAGCAUCGCCCUCGAGAUCAUAACGCAGCCGCGUCUUCUGUUCCUUGAUGAGCCAACCACUGGUCUUGACAGUGCCUCGGCUUUCUUCGUCGUUCAGGCUCUCAGGAGCAUAGCACACCGAGGCAGAACCAUUAUCACCUCCAUUCACCAGCCCAGCACUGAGGUUUUCUCUCUCUUUGAUGAUCUCUUGCUGCUCUCCUCCGGUGAAACCAUCUACUUCGGAGAGGCGGAACCUGCGGUUGAGUUCUUUGCUGAGGCCGGAUUCCCAUGUCCCCAGAUGCGAAGCCCUUCUGAUCAUUAUCUUCGUUGUAUUAACUCAGACUUCGAUUACGUAAACACUGCAUUGAUGGGAUCACAGAGAAUAAGAAAUAUAGAAGAUGGGAUCUCUCCCAAUUUAACAACAACAGAGAUCAGAGCGAGGCUUCUACACAAAUACCAAAAUUCGAAACUCACAGAAAGAGUCCGAGCUAAGAUCAGAGAAUUUUGUGUUACUGAAGGAUUUUGUUAUGAGGAAAGUAGAGGGAGUCAAGCAACGUGGCGUAAGCAACUUAGAACAUUGACAAAGCGUUCCUUCACAAACAUGUGUAGAGAUUUUGGGUAUUACUGGCUGCGUAUUGUUAUCUAUAUAGUGGUGUCUCUUUGUGUGGGCUCAGUCUUCCAUGACGUUGGAUCCGGUUACCAUGCCAUUCUUGCUAGAGGGGCAUGUGGUGGAUUUGUGUCUGGUUUUAUGACAUUCAUGGCCAUUGGAGGCUUCCCAUCCUUCAUUGAAGAAAUUAAGGUAUUUUGCAAAGAAAGGCUCAACGGACAUUAUGGUGUAGGAGUGUUCAUACUAUCUAACUUCAUCUCUUCUUUUCCUUUCUUGGCUGUGAUGUCACUGACUUCGGUGUCUAUCACAUACUCGAUGGUGAAGUACCACCCUGGCUUCUCCCACUUCAUGUACGCUUUCAUCGACCUUCAUCUCUCCGUCUCUGUCGUUGAAAGUUGCAUGAUGGUGGUCGCUGCCCUCGUCCCCAAUUUCUUGAUGGGCGUUGUUGUCGGCGCAGGUUUCAUUGGCAUCAUGAUGGCUACAGCUGGUUUUUUCCGGCUGCUUCCCGAUCUUCCCGUUAUAUUCUGGAAAUAUCCCGUCUCCUACAUCAACUACAUGGCUUGGGGCUUACAAGGGGCCUAUAAAAACGACAUGAUCGGGAUGGAGUUCGAGGGUAUGGUGGCGGGACAGCCGAAACUAAAGGGGGAAUAUGUUCUAACCUCGUUGCUCGGGAUACCAUUAAACCACUCCAAAUGGUGGGAUUUGGGCGCCGUUGCAGCUAUUCUCUUGGCCUACAGACUCCUAUUCCUUUUUAUUCUUAAGCUGAAGGAGAGAGCUAUUCCGGUGUUUCAUACUUACUAUACAAAGAGGACUCUUCACCAUCUCAGACGGCGGCCUUCCUUUCGAAAGGCGCCAGCGCCCUUCUCUUCCAAGAGGCAUCACGUUAUCCAUUCCUUGUCUUCUCAAGAGGGCCUCAAUUCUCCACUUCAUUCAACCUAGCCAGGCUUUGCUUUGCAUUGCUUUGUUUCGUUUACAAUAUACACUCGCAUUUCCACUCUCAGUUAAUAUUAUAGCGAUGCAUAUUAUUUUCUUAGUUUGACGAACCUCUAUCUAGAUUCAAUAUCUAGUGUUCAUAUCACUUCUCUACCUGGUAGCUAAAUGUAUAGGACUUUAUAUGAAUAAUUUUUGUUGCAAAUUAAUUUGUUUUGUCAUAUAACUCAUUGAGAUAUCAGAAAUA